AUGGCUUACCAAGCCGCUAAUAAUACCUCAUCCGGAGGCGUCCACAUGGGCCCACUGGCCCAAGCGCAGACGGCGUCCAUCAUUUUGCAGGAGCGUCAUUUCGAGGUCACGAAAACUGACGCCCGUGCUGCUGAAUUCGAGCAUGUCAACGGGCUGUAUCCUACACGCGUUGAAUGCGAUGAUUUGCUCGAACGCAUUCGCGCUGUUGGGAACGCACAUUACCAGUUUCACACUCUGAAAGGCUGGUUCAAUAACAGGAGGGCAUUACGCAAACGGGAACAAGCACAGAGCCAGGGGGCUGUCGCCCACAGCACAAGCGAUGCGCUACCAGCGCCAUCGACCCACCUGAACAAAUCGCAGAUGGCGCAACUACGCAUAAUGGCAGAGCCGAUUCCAGGCAUGCCGCCAGAAUCCACCAUAGCGAUAUGGGCCAAUUUACUUCGCGUCGAAAAGGACGUCGUGCACGCGUUUUUACGCGACAUUCGUCGCAAAGCGACAUCUCCGGAAUCGGAAAUGGCUGUAGACGACGACGACGACGCGUACCAAGGCACACGACCACCAUCUCCUCAUACCUAUCAACGUCCCUCACAGCCCCUCAAGAUCGAGCCCUCGCUACACCAACAACGACUACCCACCCCUGCAGAAACAGCUUCCCCCGGCCCGUCAAUAUCCUCACCUGUGAUAUCUCAUACGGAUGAACGGUUCUCCCCCGAUGUAAAACCUCAUUCGCGGUCGUCUUCAUUGAUGUCACCGCUCGGUCAAUUUCCCGGAUCCGCAUCUCUACCUCCCACCGCCGUACUCCCUGACUUCAUCCCAACUCAUGUACAACGACAUGAAGCUCCUCCGCAGAAAGAUAUUGUUCUGGAAGCAAUCAAGCUCGGUGUUCUUGAAGGGGCUGCGGCGCCUCCCAAAUCCGAACCCCCGCCGCGUUCGCUUGCAGAGUUCGACACGCUAUGGGCCCCCUUCGAAACGACGCUAGCCAACAUUGCACAAGCUCUUUCCCAAUAA